UUUUCCAUUUUUCAAGAGUAUCUCAACCCAACACGUUUCUUCCCCCUUCUCUCCCCCGUGUCCCCCCAGGUGAGCAGUAACAGCAGCAGCGUCGUCGCGGGGGGAGGAGGGGGGGGAGGAGGACCCCAGCAUGCCACCCAGGAGACCCCAGCCCCGGCCGCCCCCCCUUCCGGCAGCAGCGGGGGCGGGUUCAGCCUCAACUUCCCCCGGCCCGGCUCGAGGAACCUCCGCCCCUUCCUCGCCCUCCAAGACCAGGGAGAGCUUCCUGCAGCGAGUGUCUUCCCUGACUGGCGCGGUGCGAGGCGAAGUGACUGGCCAGACAAAGCCCGCCUACAACAAAGACCGAUGCUUCACUCUCCUGGUUAUAGACGACCAGAACACAGAUUGGUCGAAGUACUUCCGGGGAAAACGCAUCCACGGGGACUGGGACAUCCGCGUGGAGCAAGCGGAGUUCCGGGAGCUGAGUGUCACGGCGUCUUCUGAGGGAGGCGUCAACGUCUCCAUGGUCGUCUUCAGGAACGGCGCUAAGGUGGUCAGAUCCUUCAAACCCGACUUCGUGUUGAUUCGGCAGAACCUCAAGGACGCCGGCGAAGACCACAAGAACAUCCUGCUGGCACUCAAGUUCGGCGGCGUCCCUUCCAUCAACAGCAUCAACGCUAUUUACAACUUCCAGGAUAAGCCAUGGGUGUUUGCUCACCUGCUGGAGAUCCAAAACAGAAUGGGCAAGGACAAGUUCCCUCUCAUUGAACAGAACUAUUUCCCCAAUCACAAGGAGAUGGUGACUCUCGGCCCCCGGUACCCGUGCGUGUUCAAGGUCGGCCACGCCCACGGGGGACUGGGCAAGGUGCGGGUGGAGAGCAACGCGGAUUUCCAGGACAUGGCAUCGGUGGUGGCCGUGGCGAACACCUACUGCACAACGGAGCCUUAUAUUGAUGCCAAGUUCGAUAUCCAUAUUCAGAAGGUCGGCGGCAUGUACAAGUGCUUCCAGAGAAAGUCCAUAUCUGGCAACUGGAAGACCAACACAGGCUCGGCGAUGCUGGAACAGGCGUCCAUGACGGAGCGGUACAAGGCCUGGGUGGACGAGGUCUCCUCCCUCUUCGGCGGCCUCGACAUCUGCGCCAUCGAGGCCAUUGUGGACAAGAGCGGCAACGAACACAUUAUAGAGGUCAACGACUCUGCUCUGACCCUUAUGGGCGACUCGCAGGAGGACGACCGGCGGUACAUCGCGGAACUCGUGGCUAUCAAGAUGCAGGACUUCUGCGAGGUUCAGGGGGUGACCCGACCUGGCCCCGCUGAGCUGACCAGGGGCUCCUCGCGGCAGUCCCUGAGCGGCACCAUGUCCUCCAGGGGCGGCUCCCCCACAGAGGACACCUCGAGGCUGAUCAUGAGCGAGACUCCGAUCCCCGGAGGCUCUCCUAGCCAGCAGCGCCGAGACUCUCAGGCUGGUUCUCCAACAGCCUCCCAGUCGAGCAGCAUCAGCGGGUUCAGCAGCGCCAGCGGCACGCGGCGGCAGGUGGACGAGGUGAGUCAGUCGUCCCAGCAGUCGGCGGGGCAGAAGCCGUCGCUGUUCGGGCGCCAGACGUCGGUCACGGCCAACGAGGCGGCGACCGGCGACGACACGGAGGACACCAUGAAGAACCUGCGCAAGACCUUCGCCGGGAUCUUCGGGGACAUGUAAGGCAGCGAAGGCCUCGGCCGCGAGCGAAGGCGACGGCGAGGGAGAGCGAGGAGAAGCCAAGGAACACUGGAGGAGGAAGAGAAAUUCGGAAACAUGGACGAUGAUGAUGAUGAUGAUUAUAAUGAUAAGGUCCCAUUCAAUCACCGUUGGCUCAAAGUUAGGCCACGUUCUUUGUCAAUUUGCGCCACUUCCGCACUGCAGCCUGUUGUCGUGACUGUUUGUAAUGCAUUAUAGAAUUUAAAAAGGAAUAAUACUAACUUCUCAGUAAAGCUUCAUUCCAUAAUCGUUAGUUACGGUUACAAUUUUGAUUUCCGUUGAUGAAAAAAAGCGUAGAACCGGACGCGCCGUGAAGAGUCUGCAGCUGUGACGAUGCCAAAGGUGAAAGAGAACGUAGCUUUAGUGUCACUAGUCUUCAGCUAUUCUGCCUUAAAUAACUUAACUGAUGACAACUGAAUAAAAAACUCAUGUAGAUAUCCACGUGCCAUACCACCAGAUACACAGUGAUCGUUUUCCACCUGCUCUAAAUCUCAGAAGAACAGCGAAUCCCGCCAGACAACGCGACCUCGUAAGGUUUUGUCCCCGCGGUCCCUGCCUCUCCUCCCGCGGCGCCUCCCGCCCUGUUCGAACGUGAAGGACCCGUCUUUACCCCUCUGUGUUUAUGCUAGGUCGGAGUCUCCUUAUUGGCUGUUAGGCAUUUGACCUCCUUUAAGCCUGUGUAUCACCCCCCCCCCCCAUCUCCCCCCCGCCCCUCCAAGGCCCGCCCGCCCGCCCCGCAUCCCUGUCAACGAAUCCCCGUAGAAACGUGUUUCGAAGUCGCGCGCGCAUUUCUCCGCACUCUCUCUGACCUUUCUUGCCGCCGCCACAGAAAGCUGCAGAAUUAACCAGACACAAAGUUAUAGCGAAAUGUUAUUAGAUUAUUAGGCUGCGCUUAAUAGAAGUCAUUAGUUCGAGUCACUUCAAACCCGGGUUACAACGGACGAGUCCUUUCGAUCCUGCGAGAAAGGGGAGAAUCCUAACAGUUAGUAUUGUUUGCCUUUCUUUGUUGGGCCGUGAACGAGUCUUUCCAACGAUUUUCUGAAGUCCAUAUGUUCGUAAAGUCAUCAUUGUGUAAAGCGCUCUUCGAUAUAACGUAAGACCGAGCAGUUGUCCAAGAUGUUAAAAAUCCUGAGUGCUGAUUGGUCGUUGAGUUACCGGUAUCAGCCAAUGAGCACACAGGACGUGUCCACGUGGGUCAAACCGAUACAUCUUGAGCUCGCACAUUAUUGAUGAUUAAACCAAUGUUGUUAGCAAUAUGCUCUGUGUUGUUUUAUCUUGUGGGUGGAACACUUCUGACUGUUUGUGCUGUGCGUGGACUUGAUGUGUUUGUCUCUUAUUGAAUUUGUGAUUGUCUGUCUCAUAGGGUUUCCAUGGUCCAUAGAAACUAGAGAAUCUGUAAGCUUUGUCAUCGGCCCCGAGCACCAUGCCGGUCCCUGUGGUCACGUGACGCGGGAUGACGUCACUUAGGCUCGGCGUCGAUGAUGGUGGACCAAUAUGACAGUUACCCAGUUUGGAGUAACGAAUGCCUUGGAAUAUCUAAUUCAUAAUUCUAUGUUGAACCUAAAUGUAGUAUUAACAUGAUUUUGAGAGCCUGUGUUUUCUCAUUUGAUUUUACAGGGUUGGGUCAUAUGUGUCUGUUGAAGAAAUCGAGAAUGUUGUAGCCGAAGUUUCUAUCGAUGUGAAAGGCGCUUUGCAUGUCGAGCCUCGCCAUAGUCUGGCAAGGCUAAUGCUGUUCUUGCGGCGCGCGACUGGUGUGUAAGUCCGACUACGAUACACAAUACAUACACGCGAUAUUGUAGGUCAUUCGUGGCGAACCGGCCAUUCCACGAAGGCGUCCCGACUCUGGAACUCGAAGACGCGAACACCGAGUAGGAAAGCAAUAGCAGUGUACAUUAUACGAUUACAAAGAAUGCAAUAAGAUUCCACGUUGGCGAGGAAGCGAUUUCUCGUGGUUUCUCAAAGAUGAAAACUUACGUUAAAAAGAAAUAAUAAGAAAUAAGUAAUAACAGACUAACAGCCAACGACUUUCUGAACCGAGAGGAAUUUCAUCAAACCUUUCCUUCUAUUCGCCGAAGGAAAAACGUACCAAAGUUACGUCUCAAACUUCCUCAGAGUCAGUUCAUGAAUAGAUCAGAGAAGUCUGGUUUAAUGAACAUCUCUUGUAUUGCUGAUUUGCCAGCUGGUGAGACCUUCGGCUCCUUCAGCAAGGUCAGUAUACAGAUGACCUCGAAAGGACGGCAAACUGACCCGGCAUGUCAAGCAAGAUCCGUUGGCCAAAUGCUUGUUGUCCAGGUACACCGCCGUGAACCGUCUGCGUCUUCUAUUUCACUUGACAUGGUUCUUUUGUGAAUGAUUUGUACAGCACAAAGUGGAACAAUCUGCUAUUUUUUUCUCUUUUUUUGGAUUAUAAUGCAAAUGAUGUUAGUUCAAUUAUUUAAAAAAGUAGUGUUGGAGUUGGUGUUUGUAUGCACUGUCAUUAUUGCAGUUUUGUGCCAGUAUUAAACAUUUUAUUAAUGUUUAAACACUAUCAUUUCGUAGUGUAUUAACCUCAUUCCGUCAGCAAAUGACACAGUAACUUCGACUUGAAUUUUGCUCUGAAGAAAAUGGGAUGCGGCUGCUAGCUCUCAGCCAACUACCAUUUCUGAGACAGUAAUUACAAGAAAAUAGACGAAAUUAGAUCGUUAGAAAUAUAAUGGUACGACGGAUAGCUAUCAACAUGGAAAAUUAAAUGAUCUGUCGUUUUUUUUUUUUCAAUAGAUUUUUCGAAAUGAAGGAAUUAGUGCAGCGUUUCUGUUGUUUUUUUUCUUUUUUUUAAGUGGAAAUAUGUCAUAGAAGUUCUAAAACAGACAGAAUUGAUCAGAACCAAAAACUUCUUGCAUUGUUGAAUAAUGAGUUAGACGAAAUGUUCAAAUAUUAGUUGUCGUUCGUAGAUGUGUAGCUCUUACAUAUCAUUUAAGGAUAAGAAAAUAUGCAAAAUUGAAGAUUCCGUUCAAGGCAGAAAUAAAAAUCUCUACGUACAAUCUUUUCGUUUUUGAUAUGGUAAUGUAGCUUUUAAAUUGAUAAGUAAAAUACUUGAGAUGUCCUUUUUUGUUUAAAUAUUUCGGUAGUAAUAGUAUGUUAAUCUUGUUUAUUACAUAUAUAAAAAAAAGAUACGUACAUGUUAGAUUAUGGGAAUCAGGAGUAACAUUUUUUUUUUUCUUAAAGAUAAGUCAUAAAAAAGUGAUUUUGUUCAUGCAUACUAUGUUCUUGUUGAUCAUUUGCAUGAUGAAAAGGGACGAAUGAAGAAUACAUGAAGAACAAUAAAGAUGGUUUAAUCCCCAAUCAUGCGUUAAACAAACAAACAAACAAACAAAAGAAAUGAUAAUGAGUUGAUUGUCUUUCUUUAUCUUUGAGGGAGGCCGCGGCUCAAAUUUUUAUUUAUUUAUUUAUGGGCUUUUUGUUCCCAUUAUGGUUAUCAUUGCUAAUUGAUGUUAUUGUUGUUGGGUUAUAAGACGCUUCACAAGCACUUUCAAUAAUAGGUAUAUCUGGAAUUUGAAGAAAAAAGUAAAAAAAAAAAAAGUAUAUGUAGAUGGUUGGAUUUAUCAGUAAGGACACGUAAUUCUAACAUUGUUAACAGGUAAUAACCACGAUAUUGAACUCUUGAUGCGACUGUUUUUAGAUAACAUAAUUUAGAGAUGUAAUUAGAUAACUGUGCCACAGGAAAAUCCCGAAAUACACUCCCAUCACAUCUGAUCACUUCACUUCUCCGUUUUCACUUCCGAUCUUACUUUGCUGAACGUCAGCUUGAACGUAAAGGAGUUUUCAAGGUCAAUUUAAGGUUUCCUCGACGAGCGGAAGUCGGACGAACACAGGCGGGAUGGCACUGAAAAGAUUUUUUUUUUUAUUGAUUCUCUUUGAUUAAUGGUUGUUAUUCCUUAUGGAUAUUCCUUUGAGGAAAAAGAAAUAAAUAAUAUGAAGUUAAUUUGAGGAACAUAACACUGAACUGCAGAUUCAUCCUGAAUUGUAUUUGUUAUAGUUUUUACUUGUGUGUUUAUGUUACAAAAACUGUACACGUGACGAGAUGCUUGGGUAUCUGAGAACGUCAAAAAAUGAGAAAAAAAUAUAUAUAAAUAAAUAAUGAAUAAAAAUUUGAUAAUAGAUGAUUAUACCCCGAUAAACAGUUCUUAAAAAGCUUUCGUGCAGUCUAAGUAAAUUUCCCCAUCAAGUUACAUUUUGGAUCACGUAUACACACACACACAAAUAAUAAUAAUAAUAAUAAUAAUAAUAAUAAUAAUAAUAAUACUGAUAAUAUAUGAAAUAUCACGCUCGCAACACAACAUUGUCUGGGUCCGUGUGUGACGUUCUUUACAGAUAUCCACAGCUGUGUCGCAAUACUGCCAUCUCUUAACUAGUUGGAUGUAUUUCAACAUUUUAAAUACACCAUAAAAUGUUGUUGGGUAUGAAAGGUAUAACUCUAUCAUACAUGGUAGAAAGCAUGAAGUCGACCCUUCAGAAUAACUUUAUUUAGACCGUUAUCCCCCUGAAUCACGUGUUUAUUUCGUAUCUGACGCUAAAGAAAUACAAUGAUGUUAAUACCAACAGUUGUAAUAAAAUUAUCUAAAAAAAACAACAAAAAAAACAGCGUCGGCAACCUUAUAACCUGGAGACUAUAACCUGGCAUCAAUCUAUCUAAAAUUAUAUAAAAAUGACGAAAAAAACAUACUUCUGUCACAAAACAAAAUUACUAUUAGGGUUAACGAGCCUAGCAUAAUCUGCGCAUAUUUCUCCGACUGAGAAAUUGCAUAAUAAAAACAUAAACAGGCAACUCCAGACGAUCAUCUGUUCCGUUGCUUAAUAUUUCCCGUUUCCCGUUUUCUUUUGUAUACGAUAUUAAUAAAGAGUUUUGUACAUAAUUAUCCGUUAAUGUAAAUUUAUGUAAAUAUCCAUUGCCAACACAUUUAUUAAAGGUUUUAUUUCGUUGUUUUCUAGUCGUAUCGAGGGUACGGCGUUUGUAUGAAUAAGAGUGAAACAUGUGGUGUCAAA